GGAGAGGCAGGCAGUACUGUGAAACAGGUCUUUUCACCUCUUUCGCGGCAGUAGUUUCUUUUGUCUUUCUUAAGACUGCAUAGCGACACAUGUAGGAAACACGAAAACAUGACAUCAAUUUAAAAUGCCAUCUGCAAGUUUAGGUCAGCUCAUAACGCCAGGAAAAUUGAAGUUAGUCAACUGUAACGUUAGUUAGAUAUGUUAGGCGCCCGUCUUCAAAAUCGUUUGCCUCGUCGCUUUUAGCCUUUAAAUGUCGAUUAGACCGCUCGAUACGCUUAAUAUGCGCGUUUAGUGAACAUGACCGGCAGUGUGUGAGUAUAACUGUCGAACUGAACUCACCGACUCACACGCACACAGGAAUAUAUUUGGCAGGUUUAUUUACAGUGUCCAUUUUAAUGAGAUUUUAAUUCGAUGUCUUCUGAUGUAUUGUAGCCCGAAUUACAGACGGCGACUCCGUAUGUAUACGAAAGCUAGAUUUCUUAAGGAAUAACGAUAACAAGACUUGAGCCAUGUCUUGGCGUCGCAGUGUUUAAGGUUUAGAUAAGGUUGAUGUGUUAAAUGUCUAUUUGGAAAACGAAUAAAGUGGUUUUAUACGAGUUUUAAUCGUAGAGGAGGAAAUAUCGCCCCUUCACUUUCAUUCUUCUUUUAACUCGACGGCGAAGUGUGAAAACACACACUGCCUGCUAUGUUACGAUCGCAAACACCUUAAUCUUUUCAACAGGGGGUAAGCAACGAACCUUAUACGCCAAAUUAAGUUUAUUUGGCAAAUAAGUUGACACAAGCCACAGAUUUAGGUUUAUAUCCAAGAGAUCCUCUCUUAGCUGUGCUUAAGCUAGCCGGUGUGCUAGCAUUCACCCCGGCUCUCUGAAAUGUCGAAUAUCUCCAACGAAGGUGUGAUCUUGAUUAAAGAUGUAAAGGCCGGAUCGAAAAACCUUAAUAUCGUCUUUAUAGUUUUGGAAAUCGGUCGGGUGACUAAGACAAAGGACGGGCACGAGGUGCGCUCGUGCAGGGUGGCGGAUAAGAGCGGCAGCAUCGCCAUCUCUGUGUGGGAUGAGCUGGGCACCCUCAUCCAGCCCGGAGAUAUCAUCCGUCUCACGAGAGGUUAUGCUUCCAUUUGGAAGGGCAGCCUAACACUGUACACUGGACGAGGAGGAGACUUGCAGAAAAUAGGAGAGUUCUGCAUGGUGUAUUCUGAGGUUCCAAAUUUCAGUGAGCCAAAUCCAGAGCUGCUAGCAAAAGCUAAACAGCAGAACAAGACUGGUAAGGAACAGCGGGGAAAUUCUCCACCGAAUCCAAAUGCAGGUACUCCUGCACAAACAGGAAAUGGUACUGGGCCAGUAUACUCCAAUAACAGUGCUGCACCUGUGGCUCGGGAGACCAACUUUGGGGCUCCAGGAAGACCAAAUGGGCGUGUUCCAGGCAACGGGCAACUCUCACCAGCUGCAUCCCCAGCUCCACCCAAACCCUCAGUUACCAUUAGCAAUGGCAGAGAUCCAAGAAGAGCUUCAAAGAGAUGAAACAUUGACUGCAAAAUCCACUUCCCUGUUUCCACUCCUUGCAUAAAUUUACUUCCACAAUCCAUCCUUAAAAUAUAUAAAACUGCCAUCAAAAUUACGAGGUUUGAUGCUAACGCUUUGCCAUCUGUGCUUUUUGCAUCAUUUGCCAAGAACUGUAUAACAUUUUCUUGAUCACAAAAGGUUCAAAUUCAACUUCUUACAGUUAAUAUACAUAUACCUUAGAGGCUGGCGUCCUUGCCACCCAUUGGGUGCCAAUUCUGUGACCCACAGAUGUUGUAACAGAUCUUGUUAAACUAUACACCCUACUUGAACACUUAAUGCACUUUCUUCUCUUAAUUUAUAGUGAACUCAUUGUCAUGUAAUUCAGGAAUGGUUAACUGCUGUUGUGAAUGGGCCAGGGAUCUGCAAUGCUAGCGCUAGGGAGUCAUAUUCCUGCAGAGUUAAGCUCAAAGUAAUCCUGAAGACACCAAUUAUCUUGUUCUGGUGUUUGAUGGAGUUGGAGCUCAAAUCUGCCGGAGUGAGGAUCUAGGUCAGCUGUUGCAGACCUCUGGAGUAGGGAAAUGGAACUUUAAAGUGACCGAUUACUUUGAGUUCUGUGCUACCUUUGGCCAAAAACUUACCAAAAGUGACCGUGUAAAAGGAAAGGUGAUAGUUUGUAUGGAUUAUUUAAUUAGGAAUAAAUCGAGAACAAAAUGUUGGGAAAUUAA